AUGCCAGUCACACUCCAAGUCGCGGACCAUGCAUCCAAGCCGCUCAACCGGGCGAAAGCCACAUCGCACAUGGCACUACUCUACGAAGCCUAUCCGCAAGACGCAUAUACCGUCAAGCGAUUCAUCCAAAGCUCCAUUUCCACCACAGACUUGACCUCUCAAGCACUCGUAGCCUCGGGGAACGGCUUCGUGAGAGCAGCCUUCCACGCAUACUCCAGCCACCAGCAUCUGCGCAUGCGGCCCGAAGACGUGUGGUUCGCCAUCCUGUCGCAGCUCGGUUUCUACGUCAAUGCCAACGCCGAGGCUCUCCGCGAGUUGUUCGUGUCGCACGAGGGCAAGAGGGAGAUUGUGGUCGUUGAAUGGGGCUCCUUGGCUACCGUCGAUAUGGGCGUUAUUGCGCGCCGCAUGACGGCCUUGAUCCAGGAUAACGUGAAAGACGCGCAUCUGCGUGACUGGCUCAUGCCUGAAUUCAGCACCACCACGCACUGCGACCGCGCUGUCGCCGCCGUCCUCAUGAUGGGCACCGUGAAGGAGUAUUUUUCUUUCAAAGCUGUCAUGGGUUGCGGUAUCCCGUCCGUCACGCUCCUGGGCGAGCGCAGAGACUACGAGGAUAUCCUCGCUAGGCUCGACAAGCUGAGCGAGCUGGGCAAAGAGCCAAGUCAAUUUGCCGACUUGCUUCGGCCAGUGCUGCGCAACUUUAUCGCCACGUUUGAUCCUGCGCACGAGGCGGCUUCGCGCGAAUUCUGGGGCAGGAUUGUACAUGAAACCGACGGAGGCAGCGGGCCUUCGUACCUCGGCGGCUGGCUGACGGCUUUUUGUUUGUGGAGCAACGAGGGCGAGUGCUUGUAUGACGCGAAUCACGUCAAGCCUAGGCGGUUUCACUGCGAGAUGAAUCCGCCAUUGGUCUUGGACGGCAUCGUGUACCAUCAGAUUGAUACCGACGACAUUCCUCCUGGUUGUUCUUCUGUGCCCGUCCUCGUCAAUGACAAUGGCACCAAGUUCAACACCAAGAUGAUUGCCGGGUCGCUGGGGAUACAGGUUACCAACAGUGAGAGUGAAAACCCCCAGGUCGAUGGACGAGGCGAUACGUUGCAGUCGCUAAGCGGGUGGAUGAUGUAUGAGGUCCGGAGCGAGAAUAGGGAAAGCCAAUGA